GUUUACCCACUUCUUCAUUAUCCCUACAACCAAUAAAAAAAAAUUAAAAAGAAAAAAGAAAAAAGAAAACCCUAGAAAGGGAGAGAUUUCAUAUCCAAAAAAUCUCUUCCUUCUAUCUCCCUCAUUCUCUCUGUUCUCUCUUAACAUUUUCCAAUCCUUCACUCAGUCCAAUUUCCAAUUCCAAUUUUCAAGAUCGGGUGGAAUUUGUUGUUGUUGUUGUUAUUUUAUGGUAAAAAAAUUGUGAUGCCGCUAAUUUUGCCAAAAAGCGAUUUGAUUCAGAUUCGUGAAGUGUGGAACGAUAAUCUCGAAGAAGAGUUUGCUUUGAUUCGAGAAAUCGUAGAUGAUUAUCCUUAUAUAGCUAUGGACACGGAAUUCCCCGGAAUUGUUCUUCGACCGGUUGGGAAUUUCAAGAGCAGCUAUGAUUAUCAUUACCAAACCCUAAAAGACAAUGUGGAUAUGCUGAAACUCAUUCAAUUGGGUCUCACUUUUUCCGAUGAGCAUGGUAACCUUCCAAAAAUUGGCGACGAUGAUGAUAGGUUUUGUAUUUGGCAGUUCAAUUUUAGAGAAUUCAAUGUCAAUGAGGAUGUUUUUGCAAAUGACUCUAUUGAGCUUUUGAGACAGAGUGGGAUUGAUUUCAAGAAGAAUAACGAGGAGGGUAUUGAUGCCCGACGUUUCGGUGAGCUUUUGAUGUCUUCUGGGAUUGUUUUGAAUGAUAAUGUUCAUUGGGUAACUUUUCAUAGUGGAUAUGAUUUUGGAUAUUUGUUAAAGCUUUUAACUUGUCAGAAUUUGCCUGAUACACAAGUUGGGUUCUUUAAUUUGAUCAACAUGUAUUUUCCAACUGUGUAUGAUAUCAAACAUCUAAUGAAGUUUUGUAAUAGUCUUCAUGGAGGGUUGAACAAGCUUGCCGAGUUGUUGGAAGUGGAGAGAGUUGGGAUUUGUCAUCAGGCGGGUUCAGAUAGUUUGCUCACAUCGUGUACAUUCAGGAAAUUGAAAGAGAACUUUUUUAGUGGAUCUAUGGAGAAAUAUGCCGGGGUGUUGUAUGGUUUAGGUGUUGAGAAUGGACAGAGUGCACAUUGAGUUGAGGAAAAAAAGAAAAAAAAAAAAGAAAAAAGUGAAGUUAGAAAAAUAAAAUCGCAAAAAAAAAAAAAAGUCGUAGAUCUCUAUCUAUUUGAGUUGUUGUAUAUCUGGUGAAAUACCAACUUCUAUGUAAAAUCUUCGAUAUUUAAGUGUUAUAACUUUUGAAUACCUUUUGUUGUUA